CCAAAGUUCUCACCGAAAACUCCAAGAUCGGAAAAAAUGGCAUUCCCCUUCCACCACCACCACCGGCGUGACGACGACGAAGACGGACCUCGCUAUCCCCCGCCGGGAUACCAACCGCCGUACUCCGAUCCACCUCCGCCACCGGUUCCCAACGUUCACCACACCCACCACACUCACCACGAACCUUCGCCGCCGCCGCCCUCUUACGUCGCCUACCACUCCAAUUUUCCUCCCGAACCGCCCGUCGUCAGCUUCGGCUACUCCGCCGGACCACCGCCUCCGCCGUCCGUUCAUCACACUCACCAACCCCACUCCGCCGGGAUUGUUCACAGCCACUCUCACCAAUCCGAUUCUCGCCUCUCCAACAGGCCGACGGUCAAGGUCUACUCCAAAGCGAACCCUAAUUUCUCCCUCGCCAUCCGCCACGGCAAAGUCGUCCUCGUCCCUUCCGAUCCCUACGAUCUGACUCAACACUGGUACAAAGAUGAGGAGUUCAGUACGAGGGUGAAGGAUGAGGAAGGAGCCCCCUGCUUUGCUCUGGUGAACAAGGCCACCGGUCAGGCGAUGAAGCACUCCACCGGAGAUACUCAUCCGGUGCAACUGAUAAGUUACAAUCCAAAUGUGCUGGACGAGUCAGUUCUGUGGACACAGAGCAAGGAGUUCGGGGAAGGGUACAGAGCCAUAAGGAUGGUUAACAACAUUCACCUGAACGUGGAUGCCUAUCAUGGGGACAAAUACUCUGGUGGGGUGCAUGACGGCACCCAAAUUGUCCUCUGGAAAUGGAAGGAAGGAGAUAACCAACUUUGGAAAAUCGUACCCUACUGAGUAUGGUGGUGGUAGGGAGAUGAAUGAAGAGAGCUAUGAAAUGGAAUGUAAUUUGAUGUUGAGAUUGAGAAUAAGGGUUGUACCAAAUUUAGUGCUUAUGGACAGUUUCGAAGUGUGACAUCUUUAUAUUUGGGUUUUUUAAGGAUGAAUGUAGUGGUAACUAUUUUAAUACCAUCUGCCCUUGAAUUCAUCUCAUGUUUGUAAAAAUAUGUUUCUUUUUAUGUUUGUUGGUAAUGAAAACAAUAUAUCCAUGUUGGUGAGAAUUUUCUAUA